GCAACCAGGAAGGCUAGGUGGGGCGGCUGGGGCGGGCUCAGUUGGAGACCAACCAAUGGUAGUGCUAGGAGGAGGGACGUAGGUCCUUCGUUUUCAGUAGCAGACGGCACGUUGAACGCAUGCGUUCCAAGGGACGCUAAGAAAAGGGUCUGCUGGCGGAUCGCGUCGGAGACAUGGAGCAAGGCUACGGAGGCUAUGGGGCAUGGAGUGCUGGACCUGCCAACACCCAGGGUACAUACGGAAGCAGUGUGGCCAGCUGGCAAGGUUAUGACAACUACAGCUACUACAACGCCCAGAAUACGAAUGUCUCUGCGGGAGCACCUUACAGUUAUGGCCCAGCCUCGUGGGAGGCCACCAAGGCCAGUGAUGGUGGCCUGGCAGCUGGGAGCUCUGCCAUGCAUAUGGCCUCUUUUGCACCAGAGCCAUGCACUGACAAUUCUGACUCACUCAUUGCCAAGAUCAACCAGCGUUUGGACAUGUUGUCCAAGGAAGGAGGCAGGGGUGGGACCAGCAGCGGUGGGGAGGGCAUACAGGACCGAGACAGCUCCUUCCGCUUCCAGCCGUAUGAGCCCUAUGACUCCAGGCCCUGUUUGCCUGAGCAGAAUCCCUAUCGCCCCAGCUACAGCUAUGAUUAUGACUUUGACUUGGGGGCUGACCGCAAUGGUAGCUUUGGUGGGACAUUCAAUGACUGUCGGGACCCAACACCAGAACGAGGCUCCCUUGAUGGCUUCAUGAGGGGCCGGGGCCAGGGCCAGACCCGAUUCCAAGACCGGAGCAACUCCAGCACCUUCAUACGCAGUGAUCCCUUCAUGCCACCCUCAUCGUCCUCGGAGCCCCUGCCUGCUGCCUGGAAUGAGCUGAACUACAUGGGUGGGCGUGGUCUGGCUGGGCCCUCCACCAGCAGGCCACCUCCUUCCCUCUUCUCCCAGUCCAUGGCCCCUGACUACAGCAUGAUGGGCAUGCAGGGGGUGGGCGGUUUUGGUAGCACCAUGCCUUAUGGAUGUGGCCGGUCCCAGACUCGGAUACGGGAUUGGCCCCGAAGGAGAGGGUUUGAGCGCUUUGGACCAGACAGCAUGGGCAGGAAGCGGAAGCAGUUUCCAUUGUAUGAAGAGCCAGAUGCCAAACUGGCCCGAGCUGACAGCGAAGGAGAUUUAUCUGAAAACGAUGAUGGAGCUGGUGACCUACGGUCAGGAGAUGAAGAAUUCAGGGGGGAGGAUGAAUUCUGUGACUCCAGGAAACAAAAAGGAGAAAAGGAGGAUGAAGACGAGGAUGUGAAGAAAAGACGGGAGAAGCAAAGGAGGAGAGACAGGAUGCGGGACCGAGCAGCUGACAGGAUUCAGUUUGCCUGUUCUGUAUGCAAGUUUCGUAGCUUUGAAGAUGAAGAAAUCCAAAAGCAUCUGCAAAGCAAAUUUCAUAAAGAGACGUUGCGGUUUAUAAGUACCAAAUUGCCCGACAAGACAGUGGAAUUCCUCCAGGAGUACAUCAUAAACAGGAAUAAGAAAAUUGAGAAACGGCGCCAGGAAUUGUUGGAGAAGGAAAGCCCUAAACCCAAACCAGAUCCAUUUAAAGGGAUUGGCCAGGAGCAUUUCUUCAAGAAGAUUGAAGCCGCACACUGCAUGGCCUGUGACAUGCUGAUUCCUGCACAGCACCAGCUCCUCCAGCGGCAUCUGCACUCUGUGGACCAUAACCAUAACCGAAGGUUGGCUGCUGAGCAGUUCAAGAAAACAAGUCUCCAUGUGGCUAAGAGUGUUUUGAACAACAAACAUAUAGUGAAGAUGCUGGAAAAAUACCUCAAGGGUGAGGAUCCUUUUGCCAAUGAAACAGUUGAUCUUGAGACAGAAGGAGAUGACAAUGUUGGAGGGAAGGAAGAGACUCCAGAGGAAGUAGCUGCAGAAGUCUUAGCAGAGGUGAUUACAGCAGCGGUGAGAGCUGUAGAGGGGGAAGGAGAGCCAGCUGCAGAGCGUAAUGAAGUUAUAGCUGAAGAGGAAGGCCCUGUGGACACAGCAGAGACCAGUAGUGACCCCAACACUGAAAAGUCGCUGGGAGAGCAGACCUGUGCAACAGCGUCUGAAAAUAGGAACACCGAAGACAAGGCUAGAAGCGAGGCCACUGAGGCCAGAAAUGAAGUAUUCAUAGCGGCAACAGAGAGCACCAUACCUGUUACAGCUAUCCCAGGAAUCAUGGACGAUGAAAUGGAGCAAACUGAUGCAGACUCUAAAGAUACCCCCACGGAAUGACCUCUGUCUCCCUGUUCAAAGGGAUGUGUUUUAUUUUCUCUUUGAUUUAUAAGCAGUACUAGGGUGUGUGUUACUUGGUGGAAAGACUCAGCCAUUUCCUUCCCAAUGUACCUCAAGGGCUGAUGCUGUACAGUGGAUGGCUUCCCACCUCUGUUAGAAUAUGAAAAGAGGUAAACAUUUUUUCCCAAGUGGCCUUUGGCUGUCUGCACUGCAGUUAGACUAAUAAAGUAGAUCUUCCUGAUGCUUGGUAAAUACAGCAACUGACAGAAU